GCUCGCCGCUUCCCAACCGCCCGCGACGGUCCGUGGCCAGGCAGCGGUGGGGAUGGCGAGCCACGGAGCCAGGGCGGUGACGAGCACAGCGGCUCCGCCAUUGGGCAAGGAGGCCUGAGGGACGGGCUGGCUGGGUGCAUAAGGACACCGGAACCGGCAGCCUCGGCAGAGCGAGGGCGAUGGAGGCCAACGUGCCGCCGAAGCGGAAGGAGCCAGCCAAGUCCCUCCGCAUCAAAGUCAUCUCCAUGGGCAACGCCGAAGUGGGGAAAAGCUGUAUUAUAAAGCGCUACUGUGAGAAGAGGUUUGUGUCUAAAUACCUGGCAACAAUCGGAAUUGACUAUGGAGUCACAAAGGUCCAAGUCAGAGACAGAGAAAUCAAGGUCAACAUCUUCGACAUGGCUGGACACCCCUUCUUCUAUGAGGUCCGAAACGAAUUUUACAAGGACACCCAAGGUGUGAUAUUGGUCUAUGAUGUUGGACAGAAAGACUCCUUUGAUGCCCUUGAUUCAUGGCUGGCAGAAAUGAAGCAGGAACUUGGGCCUCACGGGAAUAUGGACAAUAUCGUCUUUGUUGUGUGUGCCAACAAGAUCGACUGCACCAAACACCGUUGCAUUGAUGAAAGUGAGGGGCGUCUUUGGGCUGAAAGCAAGGGGUUCCUGUACUUUGAAACAUCGGCACAAACUGGAGAGGGAAUCAGUGAGAUGUUCCAGACCUUUUACGUGUCCAUAGUUGACUUGUGUGAAAAUGGCGGGAAACGUCCUACUGCAAAUAACUGUGCUAGUUUCACCAAAGAACAAGCCGACACCAUUCGCAGGAUUCGAAAUAGUAAGGACAGUUGGGACAUGCUGGGAGUCAGACCUGGGGCCUCGAGGGAGGAAGUCAAUAAGGCCUACAGGAAACUGGCAGUGCUGCUUCACCCGGACAAGUGUGUGGCGCCUGGCAGUGAAGAUGCCUUCAAAGCAGUUGUGAAUGCCCGGACAGCCCUCCUGAAAAACAUCAAGUAGAAGGCAGACUCCCCUUGAGGUGACAUCACCAACAUGGACUUUUCCUUCACAAAUGCUCACUGUUCGGUUCCCUCAUGUGCUGUCAUUUGUAAGUGAAUAGUGUGGGUGCCUGUGGGCCUUUCGCAGUGAGAUGACCUGCUUCUGUGUGGGAGAGAGCCCCCAUCUCAUGCACUGCACUUCAUUUCUUACUGCCAGAUAACUCAGUUUCCGUAAUUGUAGCAUCACCUAGGCAUUGGCUUCUCAAAUCCAUGAGGGUUCUUCUAGAGAGGGGGAGGCCAGCAGGACACUUUGACUCAGCUGUCUCUCCUCCCACCGAGCAAUCCAUCCAUAUACCAUCAUCAGAGAAGGGAUAAAACCAGGAAAGAGAAUGACAGCAGCAAGCGGACAGCACCCAGCCCCUGGGAGCUUAGCAUCCCCGCUUCUUAGCUAGUAUUUUAACCAUCAACCUGUGGUUAGAUCCAGGCAUGGGGGCAUGUGCCUACAGUCCCAGCACUGAGGAGGAUGAGGCAGGAGGAUUGUGAGUUUGAGGCCAGUCUGGAUUACAUGGUAAGAGUCUUUCAAAGAAAAAAGGAAAAACAAGCACCCCUGUAGAAGAAUGUUAAAGUGAGGUGGUACUGGUCUGUCCACUUGCCUUUUUAGGAAUUCUCUCUGUUCCUUCUUCAGCCAGCAGGGGGAGAGAUGAGCCAGGGCUUAGAGAGAGAUAGUGUCCUGAAGAGCUGGGGACCUGAAGUGCACCGCGAAUCCCAGGUCUUUGCUCUGCCCCAGACAUAGUUGCUAGUAGAAGAGCAAGGAGUGCCGAGCCCCUGGGAACAAGGGACCAGAGGCCAGGACAGAAGCACUUAGAAGGCGUGCUAUAGAUUACUCGGGGAUGUUUGUUCAGCCACACCACACGGAGGGAAAGGCCAGCUGAGCUCAGGUGUGUUGGGCACUAGACUUGUGUGCCUCCUCAUGCCUGCCAUAGGUGGUGGGAGAGGCAGGCAGGGACUUCUCCACAAGUGGGUCUCUUCCUUCCACACCAGUGUUACUCUGCUUCUCUUCUCGCCCCAUUCUGUUGUCAUUCCCCCACCUCUGCUAUGGCCUCUCUUCUUGAGUCCCUAGUUGCCCUAGGCUCAGCUGUUGGGGGCGCAAUGUGACAUUUUGGGCCUGUGCACCACAGAAUCUCUACAGUUUUUCUCUUUGGGCUCCAGAUUUCUGAAGAGAAUUUUAAAUUACAAGGAUGAAAACUCAUUUCGCAUAGAGAAAGCAUCCUCCCUGCCUGGUAGACACAUAGCUGGGUGGAGCUGGACGGAGCUGCAUCUCUUACAGUGCUGGCUCAUUGCUCGACUUCUGUCUCUUAGCUGCGUUUGUCAUAUUUUUAGCUGCAGCACUGUGAUAACUGGAGCUUUGCAGGACAGAAAAGCAUUACUAGGCUGUGACUUUUAAGCACCUACCUCCUAAUGGCUGCCAGAUAACAUCUCUCCCACCUAAGAAGACACUCCUGUCUUACAGUCCAAGCCACUGCAGUCUCAUGAACUGUUUUUCUCUACCGUAGUAGCCUUGCUCUGCAUGGCUGUGCUCAGUGACACUGAGCUUAAAGUACUGUCCUUCAUGGAUUCAGAUCUGUGUAAAAGAGAUAAAGAGAUCUGGGGCGUGGCUUUGUGAUUUCUUCUGGCCCUUGAACUGGCUUCUUAGAUGAUAGAACUCCAUCCACCUCCAGGUUUCUGUGGGCCUCAGUUCUGCUUGAGACUUUCCCCAUGCCUAAUGUACCCCACUAUCCACCUGCUCUUGGAACAGAAGGCGAGAGGCAUGUGGAUGAGGGAUUGUGCUUGGCGCUGUCAACCCGAGAGAGGGGCCCAGUCUUCGCCAUGGUUGUUAAAGACACCUCGUUCAGAGCAUGAGCAGGUGAACCAGUCACAGCAGGGCACUCGAGUGUUCCCGUGCCGAUCCCUCAGAGUGACUUGCUGAAAUGGAGCCUCGGCUUGAUUCUUACAUCUUGAGACUUUGUUUCUGAGAUCUUACUUGUUAACAUUUGGGUGGCUGUAUACUACUUUAUAAAUGUAAUUGUGAGAAAAUGAAAAGGCUGAGCCUCAGGAUCCCAGGGUUUUUCUGGUUUUCAUAAUCCCAUCAAUAGGGCUUUAGAACCAUUGACACUUGCCUCGAGAUGAACCUUAGCUUCUCGGAAUCCCUUACAGACCUCUGUGCUCAGUUAAAUUCUUGGCACAUGUGUGUGCUUUGUCCUUCACCCUCUUUACAACUUAACCCAGUUAAGAUCUCAGAACAUUAGCAGGAGUCCAACUCAAUCAUUUCAGUGACUAAACGCUUUUUAUAAAGGACCUUAUUUCCCCCCAAAAGGGGUAAAACAUCUGAACAGUUGUUAUUGAAGAAAAGCCAUUUCUUCUGCAUCUGAGUCACCAACAAGUAUCACUUCUUUAACUUAUUGGAGUCCUUGGAGAUAUGUCAGAGUAAGCUUCCAGUCAUCUCAAGCACUUUAGAAUAUCCUCCCCUUUGUCAGAGAGAUCCCCUCCUUUGGUGCCUCCCAGGGAACGGCUCUUCUCUACUGUCAGUGUCUCUUACUUAAGCACGGCCACUUUAUUUCCCCAUUUCAAUGUGUCCUUGUUUGACCAGCCCGUCAACUUAAGAGUCCAGAUGUGGAGGAUAAAUUUACAGUCAUUCUAUAAUCUGUUCACCAUUCUUUAAGGCUUGUGUUUCAUCUCAGGAAACUUGUUCACACUGAUUGAAGUCUCAGGUGGGAAGUAUUUCUUUAUACCUGCAAACUGGUACCUAAUUCUGUCUUAGUCCAGUGAGCCAAAGGUCGGGUAACCAGCUGGUCAGUGAGCCAUAGGUUGGGCAGCCAGCUGGUCAGUGAGCCAUAGGUCGGGCAGCCAGAUGGUCAGUGAGCCAUAGGUUGGGCAGCCAGAUGGUCAGUGAGCCAUAGGUCGGGCAACCAGAUGGCUGAAAGCUCAGUAGUGUAAGACAGGAGUGCCUGCCAGCACUGCAUAAGGGCAGUGGCAGCUGCCACCAGGAGGAUGAAGGAAUUGCUUUUGGCCAUGACAGUGUCCUCUCCAGGUCUGGACUGCCACUUCCCUCACACUGCGACCCAUGGAGCUAGGUCCCCCAGCAUUUUUGGAAAACUUUUGAAAAUGAAUUUAGUUGCAAAAUCAAGCUAAGCAAUUUCCACCACAGGCUUCACAAGCAAGGAGCCGUUCAUCUUUCUUAUCCCACUGCCGAGCACAAUUUUAGACAUGGUUAGUGCCCCUUGGACAUUGAUUGUGCCAUGAACUGUCUCUGGGGCGGAUGAACGUGUUCCCUUGUGGUGUGGCUGUAGCUGUCAUGCAGUGCGGUGCUGGAAGGCCUGGUCCUGGGAUGCUGGGCAGCUGGGGUCAGCUCCCUGCACUGAUCGCCCUCUGCACACCCUUCCCCUUGACUGUGAAUGCUCUUACAAGGUAAUUUACAUAUUUGCUUUCUGUUGAAAUAACCAAAAGUGUUAAAUCUACCAGUUGUUUAUGUCUUGUAUACAGAGUGUCAUAUGUAUUUAAGUUGUGUAUUUUUAUAGAGUAAAGUCAAAUAGCAAA